GGACACAGCCUUUUUCGGAUCCGAGUUCUGUCUCUGUCCCUCGGUUUCCCUUGUCCCCGACACCUGUGAUCUUGAAUUAUGCCUCUCGGCUUGGUCCUCGCUGCCUACUCUCCCGCCGGCUGAGGCUUGGGUAAAGUCCCUCCCGCGACCCCGUGCGGGGUGGGCUGCAGCUGCGGGUACUACGGUUCCCGCGCGGGCUCCUCCCGGAGCGGCUCAGAAGCGCCCUCACUGCAAUGAUGCCUGUCGAUUCCGGCCAAGCCAGAUCGAUGGGGGGCACGUGUCCUGGGGGCACGCCAGGGCCUAACGCGGUGCUGGUUUUUCAGGAAGGGCUAUUCCCUCAUUCAUCCAGCAAGCAUUUGGGUACCGCUCACUGUAUUAGAUCCAAAUCUGCUGUUGAGAGCUGGGAUUUUGACGGUGGCACAGAAAAAUGUCCGAAGGAGAAUCUGUUGAGAGAAUGGAUUCCUGAUGCCUUUGCCCGCCCGCAAUCAGCUAAGGAUAGAAUCUGGGAGCAACUUUUACUUUGCCCCUUCUUGCCAUCCGUUCUCCUCUUGAUCUCUGGUGUAUACAUCUUCCUAUGAAAGAGGCUAGGCUUUGAGAUAGACACCCAAGAAAACACCAUGAAAGACACUGAUAUCAAGAGACUACUGUAUACCCAUCUUUUUUGCAUAUUUUCAAUUAUCCUAAGCAUCUUCAUUCCAUCAUUCUUCUUGGAGAACUUCUCAAUAUUGGAAACACACUUGACGUGGUUGUGCAUCUGUUCUGUUUUAGUAACUGUUGUCAAUCUAGUAUUAUAUUUAGUAGUGAAACCAAAUGCAUCCUCUAAAAGAAGUUCAUUAUCGUACAAGGUAACCAGACUUUUGAAAUGCUGUGUCUACUUUCUUAUGUCUUGUUUCUCCUUUCAUGUAAUUUUUGUUCUAUAUGGAGCACCACUAAUAGAGUUGGUAUUGGAAACAUUUUUAUUUGCAGUUAUUUUGUCUACUUUUACUACUGUACCUUGUUUGUGUUUGUUAGGACCAAACCUCAAAGCAUGGCUAAGAGUUUUCACUAGGAAUGGAGUUACAUCCAUUUGGGAAAAUAGUCUCCAGAUCACUACAAUUUCUAGUUUUGUAGGAGCAUGGCUUGGAGCAUUUCCUAUUCCACUGGAUUGGGAAAGACCAUGGCAGGUAUGGCCCAUCUCCUGUACACUUGGAGCGACCUUUGGCUACACAGCUGGCCUUGUUAUUUCACCACUCUGGAUAUACUGGAAUAGAAAGCAACUAACAUACAAGAACAAUUAAUUGGGGCAAAGGGAGAAGAUAUUUCUUUGUGCAGAUUCCAUAAGGGCUGUGCAGAAAUGUAUAUGGUCAAAGCCAAGCAGUUCCAUUUACAGCACUUUUUUUUUUUUUUUAUGUAGUUACAACAUGAUGUGAUUGUAGCUUUUUAAACUAUGAAACCCCUGAGAGAUUGUACCUUCUAAUUGAAAUAAAGUAUUUAUAAUAGA